GAACAGUAAAAAUAUGUUCUUCUAGGUGUUCUUUGUGAGCUAUGGAGUCUCCGUUUAACAGCGAGGCGCUCCAGGGCAAGGUAGCACUCGUCACUGGGGGAGGAUCUGGGAUAGGGUUUGAGAUUGCCACGCAUUUUGGCAAGCAUGGAGCGAAGAUCGCCAUCAUAGGACGCCGGAAAUCGGUGCUCGAUGAGGCUGUGGAGAAGCUAUCCUCGCAAUCCAUCCAGGCAUUGGCAAUCGAGGGGGACGUCCGCAAGGAAGAAGACGCAAAGAGGGCGCUCGAUUCGACAGUAGCGAAAUUCGGGAAGCUUGAUAUUCUGGUGAAUGGAGCUGCGGGAAAUUUUCUCUGCCUUGCCGAGGAUCUCUCUGUCAACGCAUUUAGAACAGUUCUUGAGAUUGAUACUGUUGGUACGUACAACAUGAGCCACCAUGCCAUGCAUUACUUGAAGAGCGGCGCGCCAGGAAAGAAAUCCGGUGAAGGUGGUCUCAUAAUCAACAUAACAGCCACUCUCCAAUUCUCCGCGGCGUGGUUCCAGACUCAUCUAGUUGCAGCAAAGGCAGCGAUUGACAGCAUGACAAGAAACUUGGCCCUUGAAUGGGGAAAAGAUUAUAACAUCCGAGUGAAUGCUAUUGCUCCAGGACCGAUCAAAGACACUCCAGGAAUGUCUAAGCUUGCUCCUGACGAGAUAAACAUUCGAGACAGUCCUCCUUGGGGAGAGAAAUGGGACAUUGCCAUGACUGCCAUUUUCCUAGCGUCAAGUGCUGGCAAGUAUGUAAAUGGAGCGAUUAUUCCUGUGGAUGGUGGAGCCUGGUUUCACAGACCUCCACACUUUCCAAAAGAAACCAUUCGUUCGUUGUCGAGAGUGGUGGAGAAGAGAUCACGAGUCGGUUCUAAUACCAAAAGCAAGCUGUAAGUAUACGAUAAACUUGUUUAAAAUAACACAGUUCUUUCGCAAUAUAACACCAUUUUUAUUUUUAUUUUAA